AUGGCAACCAGCUCUUCCUCCCAAAGGAUUGGAGUAGUAGGAUAUGGACAUCUAGGCCAGUACCUGGUGGAGAGGAUCCUUAAAGAUGGGGCUGCUCUCGGUCUAACUCUGGCUUUCGUUUGGAACAGAAAUUCUGAAAAGCUCAAAGGUUUAGUUCCUGAUGAGCUCAUACUUGCUGAUCUAUCAUCCUUUGCAAACAGGCCAUGUGACAUAAUUGUAGAGGUGUGCCACCCACAGAUAGUGAAAGAAUUUGGGCUUCACUUCCUGUCUCAGUGUCAUUUCAUGGUGGGCUCUCCCUCUGCCCUCUCCGAUCCUGAUCUGAACCAGGCACUGCGUCAGGCUGCUCAGCAGUGUGGUAGGACCCUUUACGUCCCCAGCGGUGCAUUAUGGGGAGGCCAGGACAUCCAGAGGCUGAAUGACAGUGGGACCUUGAAGGCUCUGUUUAUAAGAAUGUCCAAGCAUCCAUCCUGCUUCCGGCUGACGGGAGAUGUCCUCUCUGAUUGGACGGAAGGAGAGGGCCGACGUGUUUUAUUCAGAGGCUCAGUGGCAGAGUUGUGCCCACUUGCUCCGAACAACGUAAACACCAUGGCUGCGGCAGCAGUGGCAGCAGGAACACUUGGCUUUACUGGUGUUAAGGGAGAGAUUGUGUCUGACACAGCGUUAAGUGAUUAUCAUGUGGUGGAGGUGGAGGUGACUGGGCUUGGUGGCUUCUCAGUACACACAGUGAGGAGGAAUCCAGCUAAACUUGGAGCUGUAACUGGCAGUGCAACAUACAACUCUUUCUGGAAUAGUUUACUUGUUUGCAAAGGUCACGGUGGCCGAGUCUACUUGUGCUGA